CGAGGAGAGUGAGACCCAACUUUUACAGCGAUAAACAGCCUCUUUCUAACGUCUGUCAUGACUCUGUCGCGUCAUUUGGAGUGAUAAUAUAACAUUUAGACUUGACAGACGUGAACUGUGGAAACAAACUUGCGUGCGUACGGUAUGUGUUCAUGCACUGCACUUAGUAGGAUCUUAGGCGAUGAUGUUGGUUGUUUCUCCUGAUCGUCGAGUUCUCCAUCAGUUUGUCGGAGAAGGUCAUCGUGACAACAUGCUCACGUUUGUCGGAGCAGCUCUGAAGUACUAUGAACGUGAACGUUUACUCGAUAAGGAAAGUAUGUGUAGACGAGGUUGGUGAUCGACUCUUUGUGUCCGACACUGGACAUCACAGAGAUGUAGUGAUCGACAUGGAUGGGCUGGUUAUUGAUGUGAUUGAUGGGUCGAGUCGUGGAUUUCAAGAUGGAGACUAUAACUCGACACGUUUCCAUGCACCUCAAGGAUUAGUGUGGUGUGAUGAUAUGUUGUAUGUAGUUGAUACUGAGAAUCAUGCCAUUCGAAAGGUUGAUUUGAAAGCUGGAAAGGUGACAACGUUAGUUGGGACGGCAACAGGUGGUGAUCAUCAGGGUGGAAAGAUUGGUGUCAAACAAGCCAUUAGUUCUUCUUUGGAGUUUGCAUUGCUAGUUUACCAGUCAAGUAGCAUCGAACACAACAGUUUGCGCAAAUGCAGGGCCGGAAGUACGGGAGAAUGCAAGAAUGGUCUCUUUAUUGCAAUGGCAGGGACUCUUCAAAUAUGGACAUAUUUUCUUCAGGAUGGUCCGUGGCUGAAACGCAGCUCAUAUUCGGCUGGCACGUGUGUUCGGUUUGCUGGCAGUGGAGCCGAAGAGAAUCGCAACAACUCAUAUCCUCAUAAAGCUGCAUUUACUCAGCAAUCGGGUCUUACAGUGGCUUGUCAGGAUGGCUGUUCUUGUUUGUACGUGGCUGACAGUGAGAGCAGUAGCAUCAGGUCUGUGAGUCUUCAGGAUGGAGCAACGAAAGCUGUUGUGGGAGAAGCAUUGGAUCCCAUGAAUUUGUUUGCUUUUGGUGAUGUUGAUGGCAAAGGUGUAGAUGUGAAGUUGCAGCAUCCUCUUGGAGUCUCUUGGAACAGCAAAGGCAAUCAUCUAUAUGUUGCUGACUCCUAUAAUCACAAAAUUAAACGUGUUAAUCCUUUGACUCGUAAAUGUGUCACUGAGUGUGGUAAUGGAUCGGCAGGUGCAGCUGUUGGCUCCUACGGUAGUGCACAGUUUUCUGAACCGGGAGGUUUAUGUGUCACACGACAGCUGCAGCUCUAUGUAGCUGACACCAACAAUCAUUGUGUUAAGAUUGUAAACCUAGAAUCAAAACUUGUUUCUCAGUUGGUUGUCAGAGAAGCUGCUGUUGUAGAGUCUGAAGGUAAGCAAGUCAAAGAGAAACGUGUGUCACCUAGAGGAACUGCUGUCACUCAACUGCCUUCGUUGUGUAUGAGAGAUGGGAUUACAAGGAACAUCCGGCUGCACGUUGAGCUUUCUGCAGACUGUCAUUUCACUUAG